CUCACUCCCUCCCUCCCUCUCUUCCUCCCUCUCUCCUCCAUACAUCGGAGGCUGUGAGGCUGCAGCGGCGGCAGAAGGCGGUGCGGAUCCCCGUGUGUGCCGAUCUCCGGAGGGGGACUUGACAAUCCAGUCGGACCUUCAGUGGAGUGGAUCUCUCCAUGCACACACUCAGAGCAAAGGCGCUUUUACAGUCCCACGGGCGAUUUUGAUUAACUCACCACAGGUGACCUGUAAUCAGUUGGAGAGAGGGCGGAGAGAAGAAUAAAUGGAAAGGGAGCAGAGAGAGAGAGGAUGAGAAAGAGAGAGCAAGACCCAUGAGAUUCCUCUUGCAUAAUGGGAGCUCCUCGGUCUACCAGCUUUUGAUUCGAAAAGAAUAAAGGCGACUUUGCCUAAAGAGGGCCAACAGGAUUUUUGACAUCACUUCAGUGUUUUGCACCAAUAGGAGUAGUCAUGUCUAUACACUAUACAUAGGAAGAAUACAUCUCAUUUUCUCAUUUUUCUUUCAUCAUUCCUUUCCCUCUGCAUCAUCCUCUCUACUACUUCUUACCCAGUAACGAACCAUUGCCAUGGAGAAGACAUACUCACUAACAGCCCACUAUGAUGAGUUUCAGGAAGUGAAAUAUGGUGGUCGCUAUAGCAGUGACAUCCUCAGCAAUGGGAUGACCCUUCACCUUGGAGGCAGCCUGGACCGUCAUAUGGGGCGUAACCGGGGAGGAACCUGGUCUAACAGUCGAAACAAGGACCUAGGCAGCAGCAGCAGCAGCGGAGGGCUUCCUCGAUGGAGCCGGAGGGAGAUCUGCCUCCUCUCUGCACUGGUCUUUGCAGCAGGCAUGUGCGUCAUUUUGGGCAGCAUGCUGGCGCUCAAGUACAUUUCCCUUGAUGCGCAGCAGGACCCACAGUGCCGCCAAGACUGCCAACGCAAACGCUCACUGCUACGGGCAGCACGCUUCGUUCAGGCCAAUAUUGAUCCAACAAUUCAGCCCUGCCAGGACUUCUACUCUUUUGCCUGUGGCGGCUGGCUGAGGCGCCACGGCAUCCCCGAGGACAAGCUCAGCUAUGGCAUCAUCACUGCCAUAGGAGAGCAUAAUGAAGAGAAACUACAGCGCCUACUGCUUGAGCCCAUUCGGAGGCGCGGUCCCAACUCAGCAGAGCGCAAGGUCAAGGAGUUCUAUCGAUCCUGCAUCAACAUCCAGGAGAUCGACAAGCUGGGCUCUGACCCCAUGACAGAGGUGAUAGACAGCUGUGGUGGGUGGGACCUGGUGGGGGCUCCUCCAGGUGCUGCUGGGUGGGAAAGAGAGGGCGCACCGCAGAGGCCAGACUUCAAUGAGCUGCUUUACAGGACCCAGGGAGUGUACAGCACCGCCGUGUUUUUCUCCCUCACUGUUAACGUGGAUGACAAAAACUCUUCCCGGAAUGCAAUCAGGAUUGAUCAAGAGGGGCUGACACUCCCUGAGAGAAGCCUCUACCUGGGACAGGAUGAGGACAGUGUGAAGAUCCUGGCGGCAUACAAGGCCCUGAUGGAGCGCUUGCUGAGCAUGCUGGGAGCUCACAACGCUACGCAGAAGUCCAAGGAGAUUAUACAGCUGGAGACCCGUCUGGCCAAUAUCACUGUGUCAGAAUAUGACGACCAAAGAAAGGACAUCAGCACCAUGUAUAACCGCAUCACCCUCAGGCAGCUGCAGCGCAUUGCUCCUAGUCUUCACUGGAAACGCUUGCUGGACAGAAUCUUCCAUGACAACUUUUCAGAGGAUGAAGAGAUCGUGGUGCUCGCCACUGAUUACAUACAGAAAGUCUCUGACAUCAUCAAGACCACUUCGAAGAGGGUUCUCCAUAACUACAUGCUGUGGCGCAUUGUGGCAGCAUUAAGUGAGCACCUGUCCACAGCCUUCCGCAGUACCAUCCACGAAUUUUCUCGGGAAAUUGAUGGUACUGAGCAGCAGCUGGAGCUGGGCAGGCUCUGCCUCACUCAGGCCAACAAGCACUUCGGCAUGGCCCUAGGAGCCCUGUUCGUCCAGCAACACUUCUCCUCACAGAGCAAGGCCAAGGUACAGGAGCUGGUAGAGGACAUAAAGCACUCACUGGACCUUCGACUGCAAGAGCUAGACUGGAUGGAUGAAGCCACCAAGGAGGCUGCCAAAGCAAAGCUGAAACACAUGAUGGUGAUGACAGGAUACCCAGACUUCCUGCUCAAACCUGAGCUCAUAGAUCAAGAAUAUGGGUUUGACGUCGAUGAGAAGACUUAUUUCAAGAACAUCCUCAACAGCAUCAAGUUCAACAUCAAGCUGUCAGUCAAGAAGAUCCACGAAGAAGUGGACAAGACGACGUGGCUUCUCCCCCCUCAGGCCCUAAAUGCCUACUAUCUCCCGAACAAGAACCAAAUGGUCUUCCCCGCCGGCAUUCUUCAGCCCACUCUCUACAACCCCGAGUUCCCACAGUCUCUGAACUAUGGAGGGAUAGGAGCUAUCAUUGGGCAUGAGCUAACGCAUGGAUAUGAUGACUGGGUGAUGCAAUGGUUCAUGUCCCUAGGGGGUCAGUACGACCGCCAUGGCAACCUCAAACAGUGGUGGACAGAGGAGUCCUACAGAAAGUUCCAGAAGAAGGCUGAAUGUAUUGUCAAGCUCUAUGAUAACUUCACUGUUUAUAACCAGAGGGUGAAUGGUCGCCUGACACUGGGGGAAAACAUAGCAGACAUGGGAGGCCUUAAGCUAUCAUAUUAUGCCUAUCUGAAGUGGGUGAGGGAACAUGGUCCAGAGAGACCUCUGCCUGGCCUCAGAUACACUCAUGAACAGCUGCUCUUCAUUGCCUUUGCACAGAACUGGUGUAUGAAGAGAAGAUCUCAGUCCAUCUACUUGCAGCUGCUGACUGACAAACAUGCACCAGAGCACUACAGAGUGAUUGGCAGUGUGUCCCAGUUUGAUGAGUUUGCCCGUGUUUUCCACUGUCCGAAGGGCUCCCCAAUGAACCCUGUGGAUAAAUGCUCCGUAUGGUGACCUCUCCACCCACCUGUAGACCUUGGAAUGAACUUCACACUCGUAAACACACAACCUGUCCUACAUCACUCAUUCACCAGAGCCUACAGGAUGUGAGUGCAUAAGGCUUAUUCUUGACUCAACAUUAUCAGUACAUGUUAUCAGUGAGGAAAGUUUAUACAACUGUCCACUGUCCAACCUAAAAUAUGGGUCAUAUGACCAUUGAUCAUGUACAUACAUACAUGCUCUUGGAUUAUGUCUAUUUUUCUAUUUCACAUUUGUUUUCAAAUCAUCUAUUUUUCUAUUUUAGCAGAUAUGUCAUACAUUAUGCGUCAGAUUCAUAAGCUAUUUGGUUUUUAAUUAAGCAGCAUGUUUUCUCACUUGUUUCUUUUCUUCGUUGCAUCGACUAGUAAAGUUUGAGCAUAUCAGAAGCUUACUGACUGGCCGAAGGAGUGAUUUCAGUCACUGAUGUAAACUGCACAAGGACCGAUUUAAAAUGAACUGAGAUCAGUAGCAUCCUUGUGUCUGCCAAAAUGUUGUUCUUUCAAUAUGGUAUUGGAGUCUGAUUUGUGUCGCAACGCUGCACUCUCAUGGCUGCAGAGAGUAAUGGUCACUGUACAACCAGCAUGACUGUUGUAUCGUUUGCCUGCAUUGGUCCUCUUGUUACUGUGAGUGUUUGUACGGUUUUUAAGAUUUGUCAACUUUUUUUAAAAAAAAAAAAAAGAAAGAAGGUGGACUCAUCGUGGAUGAUCUUCUCAGGAUUUGUAGCAAAGUACAGCACCAAAUGGAGGAUCUUUGUGUCUCUAUCAGUCAACUAUUCAACCUACAGUACAAAGGAGCUGCUAUAUUCGUCAAACAGGACAAGAGGAAGGGUGCUUCCUCACCGGGAGGCACAGAAUGGGAAACAACUUGACCCUGUUGGAUGAGCUGAUUUGAGACUCCUCUCCCUGCUAUUGGAUUAUUCACACCUUUGUGUUUCCUGAUGAACUCUGAAUGGUCUUACAGAAACCAAACGAGAGGGAGAGCGCCAGGUGACAUCAUACAGUACAUUCACAGUUAACACACCAAAUAACAGAAGCCCACACUCUGUGCAGAAGAAAGUGCAACUAUGGUAGAAGAAGAAUCAUACAUUUGUACGUAGUGUUAUUUUAAAAAUAUUACUUUUGUAUAAACAAUCUGUUGGUACAAAAAAUAAGACUCUUUGUAUAGUGGAGCAGUAUAUCAGAUGUUAUGGUUGUACAGUUUGUUGAGAGUGCAUGUUUCCCUCAUUAAAUUCUGAUCAGUAUACAUGGAGGACAUCACACGUCUACAGCUGCUAUUCUACACAUGGCUGUCAUCUCUUCCUCUCUGUUGGUCACCGUUUAAUGUUUGAAUAAAUACAAAGGAUCCCCGCAUCAUGUUGCAAGUAUGUUGUAUGUACGUGUGUGUGUGAAAUGCUACUUCUGUAUGUGUUGGUCAUUAUCAGUCUCACUGUGUCAUCAGCUGUGUCCUCACAGGCUUGAAUCCUCCAGCGCCAUGAGCCAUCUGUCUCUUGGCCUCCCAGCGUUGGAUGGUAUAAGUCCACCUCUCGUGCUCUGCCUCCCGUAAAAUCUGCAAAACCCAGCACGAAUCAAACACCAGAUUUACAAUGCAGCAUCAACAAGCUGUGCAAACCAGACGUGUGUUUCAUAAAACAAGAUUACCAGUUAAAUCAGUUGCACCGAAACAAAGCGUUUUUUUUUUUCUUCCAGAGCUCCUCCCUAAAGCUUCCUCUGCAUUGCUGCACUGUAAAUAGGGAUCAGCUUUCAGUCUGGACUGCAUUUUUUGUGUUUCUAAAACUUUCAGGCACCAUACAUGCUAUCAAAUUGUGUUGCAAUUAAUACAAAGCUAAUGCAGCAGCCUCACAGCAAGUAGCAUUUUUCACUAUUUCUUCUCUCUUUGAAUGUCGCCUAAAGAAUGAAUCAGACAUCAGACAUGUUUCAGGCUGGACCAAUAGUGAACAGACGGGUGUUCAUCCCACACCAUCCCAGCUAUGCCUUUAAUGUGGCAAAACAUACAUUCAAACUGUAUUUCCACGGUGCUGAGGCUCUUAUGACACUUGUACAAACCAAGCAACAUAAACAAACUGAUAG